AUGCCCGACAUUACAGCCUCGCCUCUAGCACCCCCACGACGCAUUGUGACCAGCCACCAUGACGAUGGCCUUGCGACCGUGAAGUACGACUCUCUGGUUUCUCCGGAAUCCGUUGGGGAUGGAACCAACCUCGCACGCCUCUGGUGCAGUACAGAGCACCCAGCCGAUGUCAGCAGCACCCAGGACCAAGCAUUAGUAAACCCCGGUAUGCCGCCGACAGGCUCGGGUCUCAGUGCGUACGACCUGCCUCCCAGAUUCGAGGGGGCCUUUCACCGCUCGAUCACACUCGACUACGUCGUCGUUGCAAAAGGAAGUGUAGUCUUAGGGUUAGACGGCGGCUCCAAAGUUACUCUGAACGAGGGAGACGUGGUAGUCCAGCGGGCAACGAUGCAUAGCUGGAGCAAUCAGACGGACCAGUGGGCUCGCGUUUACGGAAUCAUGCUGCCAGCCCAGACACCUGUCGUUAAUGGAAAGGAGCUUGAAGCUGCAUGGCCGUUUUAG